UUUACCAUGGGAGGAGGAAAAUUGGACCUCAGUGAAGAAUUGAUCAAGACUCAUCCUGAGAUCUCAUCUGUGACGUCACAGGAGGAAUUGGAUGAACUUUUGCUUCCGAUUCAGAAUGCAAUGAAUCGAUAUCGGACAGGAUUGGGCAUGUGUUUGUUCCCGCUGAUACGAGAGUUUCCCCUCGAUCAACUCGGUAAUUUUGGUGGUGAGUUUCAUACUGUAUGGGAAAAGAACAAGAGUCAUCAGAAGAGCGGGCAGAUUCGAGAUUAUGUGGAGCAGUUGCAAAAUUUGUCCAAGACGGUGUCGGAUCAGUAUGGUAGUCCC